AUGACAAAAAUGCUGUCCAAAAAAUUUCCAAAACCAUCAACAAAAUGUCGUUUCUUUGCAUCUUAUAUGGCAAAGAUUCCUCAGGCCCCACCCGAUCGCAUCUUGGGACUAGUAAAUCAAUUCAUGAACGAUCCCAACCCUAGCAAAGUGGACUUAACAGUGGGCGUAUAUCGUGAUAAUGCCGGUAAUGUACCAACUUUUAAAAGCGUUCAAAACGCACAGCAUCUUCUUCAUACUGUACCUAGCCUAAGAAAAGAUUUAUCGUAUUUGCCAAUAAUUGGCCACCCAAAUUACCGUAAUAAAGUUUUGAAUUUCUUAUUUCAUGAUGGCUGUCCUGAAAUAGGACCUGAAAUCAUAUAUCAAGACCGUGUAAGUUUUGUUCAAACUUUAAGCGGUACAGGUGCGUUGUCUGUUACAGCAAGGUUCUUAUCUAAUUUUAUUUCUGACUCAAUUAUUAUUCCUCAACUUUCUUGGGCUAAUCAUGCAAAUGUCUUUAAAAACAAUGGUUUUCGAAAUAUAAGCUAUUAUCCAUAUUAUUCAAAUGAAAAAAUUGUUUUAAAGGAUUGGUUGAAUCAUUUAAUAAAUAUUCAAAAGACAGAUCGAGAAGUAACUUCGAAUUCUAAACCAUCUUGUAUAUUAUUGCAUGCCUGUUGUCAUAAUCCAACUGGCCUUGACCCAACAAAAGAACAAUGGGAUCAAAUUUUAGAUACCAUAUACGAUUUAAAUUUAAUUCCAAUAAUAGACAUGGCUUACCAAGGUUUAGAAUCAGGUGAUGUGUUAAAAGAUUCUUAUUUAUUAAGAAAAGUGUUAAAUAAAAAACGGUAUAAGAAUUGGAAAAAUGGGAUUUAUUUAUGUCAAUCAUUUGCUAAAAAUAUGGGAUUAUACGGUGAAAGAGUGGGGUCUUUAAGUAUCAUCUUACCUGAAACUAAUUCAGGUAAUAAAUCAACUUCUAUAAGAGAAAAUAUAGAUUCCCAAUUAAAACAAAUCAUAAGAAGUAUGUAUUCGUCUCCUCCAGGAUAUGGUGCAAGAAUAGUUUCUUUAAUUCUUUCUGAUAAAGAUUUAAAGGAUCAAUGGUUUUUAGACGUCAAAGAAAUGGUUGAUAGAUUAAAUGAUGUAAGAUACAAAUUAUCUCAGAAACUGAAUUGGAAUUCCAUCAUUGAUUUAAAUCAACAACAUGGUAUGUUUUAUUUUACAAAUUUAUCACCAAUUCAAGUAGAAAGAUUGAAAAAUCAAUUUGCAAUUUAUUUGACUACAGAUGGUAGACUAUCAUUAAGUGGUAUUAAUGAUUUAAAUGUGGAUUACAUUUGUAAUUCAAUUUUAAAUGUAUUAUAG